UAUUAGCAUCAACAAUCCUCAUCAAUUUAAUCAUCGGACUCAUAAGUUUGCAUGCAGUAAAACAAUCAUCCCAAAAUUUGUUGUCAUAAUUGUACUAACAGUUCUACCAUUAGCACUCCUUCCUAAUUUGUGUCCAGUAAAAUGUCCAGUAAAUAUAUAAAAAUUCAUGUACUUUGAGUAAUGCAGAGUACAUAUGCAUGUUCAUGAAGAGAAAAAUUCUCCGAGAUACAAUUUUUCAAUGAAAGGCGUUCAGGAGCAUAAUUUUAGUGUACUUUUUAUCAGGUUUAUUGUUCAUCUUGGUGUUUUGUGACUUUUGCAGGUUAAACUGUCAAAAGGCAGCCAUGCGUAGCUUGCGACUAGCUAGAAACCAUUCGGCCUCUGACCAUGAAAGGCUUGUGUAUGAAGGAUGGAUACUGUAUGACACAGGUCAUCGCGAAGAAGCACUAGCAAAGGCCGAGGAGUCCAUUUCAAUCCAGAGGUCAUUUGAAGCUUACUUUCUGAAAGCCUACGCCUUAGCCGAUUCAAAUCUUGAUGAAGAGUCUUCAAAGAUUGUGAUCAAGCUCUUGGAAGAAGCACUUAGAUGUCCUUCAGAUGGCCUUCGAAAAGGACAAGCAUUGAAUAAUUUAGGGAGUGUCUACGUAGACUGCGACAAGUUAGACCUGGCAGCAAAUUGCUACAUGAAUGCGCUCAACAUCAAGCAUACACAAGCGCAUUAGGGAUUAGCGCGUGUUCAUCAUCUUAAAAAUGAUCGCAAAGCUGCGUAUGAUGAGAUGACAAAGCUAAUAGAGAAGGCGAGAAAUAAUGCAUCGGCUUUUGAGAAACGUUCAGAGUAUUGUGACCGUGAUAUGGCAAAGAGUGAUCUUACCAUGGCAACAGAGUUGGAUCCUCUACGCACUUAUCCUUACAAAUACAGAGCAGCAGUGUUAAUGGAUGUUCAUAAGGAGGACGAAGCAAUAGCAGAGCUUUCAAGGGCCAUUGAUUUUAAGCCAGAUAUACAAUUGUUACAUCUCCAAGCAGCAUUUUAUGAUUCAAUGGGUGAUUAUGUUUCCACCGUCCGAGACUGCGAAGCAGCCCUUUGUCUGGAUUCCAGCAACGGCGAUAUGCUCGAGCUUUGCAACAAAGCUCGAGAACGUAUUAUAGAAGAAAAGUGAGAGAAUUAGAAAUUAAAAAAUUCACAAUUUUUGAGUGUCCUCAACGGGUACAAGCCUAUUCUUGCCAACCUAUACUAUUUUUAAUUGUUGAUUAGUAAUCAUGAGUAAUUACUUGCGUGAUAAGGUUUCUCCAGAACCGGCAUGGUUGUAUACCUUUCAACCGAUGUUCUGCGAACAAUAGAAAAUAAUUUGGACCGAAUCAGAAAAGAAGUAGAGAAGCAGGAUAGAUUGUAAAUAUAUGUAAUGAAUUAUAGUUUUGUCUGUAUAUGAUUGAUUGAAUUGCAGGUAGCUUAUAGCUAUUUGCUGCUGCUCUGU